GUAUUUUGGAUAUCUGUUUUUGUUUAGGCCUGCUAUGUAAGCAAGUAAAACCGACAUAAUUCAAUUCCAGGGACAGCAAGGUUCGACGGCAUGCCAAACACUUCGGCAAACCUCGUAAUAAGCAAGGCGUCGUGGGCCAGCCGCCCACGGUGUCCGUUUAGUCUUCAUGUCCUCGCUCCAGUGGCAGAAGGAACAUCCCGCGAGAUCAUAUUACGUGCCUCCUCGGGUUAUAUUAGGUACUUGGGUAGAGCAGCGAUUCAAGAAGCAUCAUUCAGCGGCGGUGCAUAAUUCAUCAAACCAAUUGGCGGUGCUCUGUCGAUUAAGGAGAUUGUGUGUUCAAAAUAAGCGUUAUUUUUAUCGCCGAUGAACUACAGCAUUUGAAGAAUAUGCCAGACCAAUUAUUCAUUUUUAAGCGAAAGGCUUUAAGCUUUGAAAAUGAACUGCAUUCAUUAUAUAUGAACGUAGGUAUAGGCCUACUACAGCGACACUGGGUGAGUUAAUGAGUGUCAACUUCGUUUUAUUGGAGUGAGAGACGAAACAGAAUCUUUUUUUAUAUAGUGAAAUGUGAAUUAUAUAAUGAAUAAACUUUCAUAAAAGUGUCAAGCAUGGGAGGAACAUAAACUGAAUGCAGGAAUUUUCCCAAGAAGCCCGAUUUAUCUUUACUCGGUAACUAGCCUAAUCCAAAAGGUGCUGCACGGCACUCACGUGCGACUCACGUCAGUGAAAUAUGUGAACUGAAACAGUUAAAUGACUAAUAAAUGCCGUAUUCCCACCACUGGCAAAUUUCACGUCUACUUUUCAUAUGACCAGUGUCCCACAGUUAAAUGUAGCUAAUAAGUCUCUGUGACCAACAGGUGUUUAAAGUACCUGAUUAACUUAUACCAAUAGGUGUUUUAUAUAUUUAAUUCAAGUCAGAGCCCUGUCUAUUUUAUGGAGAUGUCAUGCUUCGGUAUAUUCAGAACAAAAACGCCAUGUUAGAUCAUUCAAAAAAGUACUACAUACUGCCUUCUUAAAGAACAUAGACCUACUGCCACCUGCUGUUCAUGGAAUUGAACAACAAACCUAAGAAUUGAAAAUGCACAAGGCUUAUUUAAUGAUGUUUAAUAAGACAUUGAUACUGUAUGAGCUGUGAUUGUCAUUAUUCAAGCAAAUGCUGACUUUGUAACACUAUUGAAAUGCUGUUCCUCUGUCGUUCACACGGUUUUGUAGAUAAUAAGAAUGUAUGUUGUUUUACUCCCCAAUGUCACGCAGAUGCCCUGAAGCGCUACCUUGUAAUAUACUGUUAUCAUUUAAAUGUAAUAUUUAGUAUUAUCUCUCCAUGUUGCAGAAAGCAUUAUAUAGUCUUUGCUAUUAUUCCUGACAGUUUUGAUGAUACUCAGUAAAGGGAAAGGGAAACAUACACAAAUUCAUUUUACCAUUGUUACAAUUUUCUUUAUAACUAGACUAAAAUUAAUAAAAUUAUAAGCCUAGAAAACCCAUGGGGAAAUUGUGGGGGACUGUCAUAAAAACAAAUAAUUCUUCAAAAAAACAUGUUGAUUCUGGUAAAUUAAUCAUAAUAUGAAAAGAUUUGACCUGCUGAAUUUGGAUAACACUGUAAGUGAGCUGUCCUGCAUGCAUCCAAUAACUGAGCAGACAAAGUUUCCCUCCACUUUAAUCCCUUCCCUCUUCAAAGCCUGAAGGAGGAAACUUUUCAAAAAUAGCCACACCUUCCACCUCAUAUGGACCAAUCAGCUAGGGAGAUAUAAGCACAAAACCACACCUUCCUUUGCUGACUACCAGUUAGAGUGGAGAUGUGGCCUUCUGCCUGCAGGGCACUGUCGUGUUAAGCAUGCAUCACUGGACUCCUCUACGUUCACAAAUGUGCACCUUCUGUCCAAUGUUUUGCGGUUCUACACACCUCAUUUUGUGUGGCAUUUAGUAUGGAAAGGAGACUGCAAUGGCUUACCAGACUGAAAAAUGAACUCAGCAACAGCCCUCUGGUUUCAAAUGUGGCUUUUGGCUUCAUACUCAUGGGGCUGGAGAAGCUGGUGGAGCUGGAGUUUGAGUGUCCCUGCAAUCCUAAGUGGAACGGCACUUUUUCCUCUGCGUUCUUCGUCAUUCCAGCUGUCAUGGCCUUCACCCUCAUGCUGAUAAUCCAGGGAUGCAGGUGUGGCAUGCGCUGGCCGAAGAGCCUGUCCAUAUCCAGUUUUGUUCCCGCGGUGGUGUGGCUGAUCCUCCUCUUCCUCGAUGGCCAGUACUUUGCGUGCGCAAUGACGGACUGGAAGGGCCGGUUUGUCACUGUUGACCGAGCUGCCCCACAGAAGUGGUGCGAGCCCACAGACGAGAGUGACAUCACGCCACAAGAGCUGAUGCUUCGCUCUCAGGAGCUGUUUGUUGUGUCUCAGGUUAUUGGCAUUGUUCUUCUCAUUUUCAUCUGUGUGGGACUCAUAGUGUAUGUCAUUCAAGAGAGCUGCAGGCAAGAAGAGGAAAUACAGGAAGUCAACAAUUAUGAGAUGACAUGAAUGUGCUGCCACCCCUUCAAAAGACAUUUAAUGGAAGCCUCUCCAACUACCCUGUUUAAUUUGUGCAUUGUUUACUGUUUUGUAAAUAUUUUUAGUGUUUUCUCUUGUGAAUUCUUCGCUGUUUUAUAUGAGAUUGUAUGCAAUGGUGCUGCAGUCACUGCAAUUCAGGGAUAUGUCAUGAAAGGCUUAUUCUGAUCAUUGGUGUUUUCAUCUCUGGUAAGCCCAGUGUACAGUAUGGGCCAGUUUCACAGACACAGAUUAAGCUCAGUCCUGGACUAAAAUUAGUUUUGCAUGUAGAAUCUCCAUUCAAAAUUGAAUUUAGUUUAGAACUAGGCUUAAACUGUGUCUGAAACUGACCUUGUAUGUUUUCGGAAUGUAAAAAAAACUGUAUUAAUUAUACAUCUAUUUAAGAAAACAAACAGAGGUUGUUUUUUAUUGACAUUUUAAUGUGAGUCUAAUGCACACAGUGGAUAUACAGGUAAACAUAUUGUAAAUGUUAUUAUUCCCCUUAUUUUGUUUGAACUCUAGUCAAUGUUGACAGCAGGUCUCUUAUGCUAGCUUUUGCUGCCACCUACUGACCAAACCAAGAGUGCUGGCAGAGGAGAAUGUUCUUGAGUAUGUUUGUGUUCUUUAAUAAUACCUCGUCUUUCUCAGUAAAAUGCUAUUGCAGCAGG